GCACCCUAUAAAGCCGCCCAUUUGCCCUCUCUCCUCCCCAGAGCAAAGCAUACACGCGCGCAGUCACUCACGCACGCCCCCAGCUCUCUCCUUCUCCCUGCUCGCUCGCUCGCCAUGGACGCUCCGAGCAGCUGGAAGAGUCCUGCGCGCGCCAAGUGACCGGAGAAGCUGCGAGAUCAGAGUAGUUGCUUGCCGCUCCCGUGCCACCAAAUUAGAUUGGACGUAGCUAGCAGCUAGCUGAGCCGUAGUGCGUAGCGGCAGCUAGGCUGCUAGCUCGAUCGUUAUAGCUGCGUACUAGUGGUGUCGCAGCAGAAGCAGUAGCCAGCUUCAGUAGCCGAUCCGGUGGUAAAAGCAACUUUUUUUGGACAUGGCGGCGGAGGGAGCCCCGGUGCUGGUGAGGCAUGCUGGCGGCGUGGAGGAGCUGCGGCAGCUCCCGCCGGGGUUCCGGUUCCGCCCCACGGACGAGGAGCUCGUGGUGCAGUACCUCCGGCGCAAGGCCUUGGGCGCGCCGCUCCCCGCCGCCGUCAUCCCCGUCGUCCGCGACCUCUACAGCCUCGACCCCUGGGACGCCGUCGACGUGCCGGCCGCCCCUGGUACAUACACGAUCGACGACGGCGCUUCGAACCACCAGCAGCAUCCAUCGUUUCUGUCAGUACUCAGUAGUAGUAGGAGAAAGAACUAAAAUCGCAAGCUUUUUUCUUUGCUUUUUCCCUACGAUCGAUCCAGAUGCGAGCAGCCAAGGCGAGAGAUACUUCUUCGCGGUGCGGCCGGCGGGCGGCGUCGGAAGUGCUAGGAGGGCGACCGCGAGCGGGCGGUGGAGGCCGGCGGGGAAGGAGAAGCCGGUGGCCCUGCCCCGCCCGUGCGGCGGCGGGAGCCUCCUGGUGGGCGUGAAGAGGGCGAUGGCGUUCGUUCCCCGGCGGAAGAAGAAGAAGGCGGCGGCGGCGGCGGCCCUGGCGAUCGGCUGGGUCAUGCACGAGUACCGCCUCGCCGCGCCGCUGCACAAGCACGUGAGUGAUUCUCUUGGCUGCAGCCUGGCCCAGGCUCAGGGAGAGUGGGUCGUCUGCCGCGUCUUCCAGAAGGGCAGCGGCAGGCCGAGGAGGAGGAGGCAACGACCGGUGUCACCGUCACCGUCGUCCGCUAGCAGCUGCGUCACGGACGGGUCGUCGUCGUCGAGCUCGGACAUGGACGAGGUCAGCAGCUAGCUAGCGGCCGCCGCCCCAGCUAGCCAACCAAGGGCCGGCACGACAAGCCAAGAACACGUAUACCACCAGCUGACAGCUCGCAGCUAGCUGCCGGCGGACUGCCUGCUGUGCCAAUCUCAAAGAGAGGCGCAAGCGCAACUCAAGCUUGGUUUGCUCUCUCUCUCUUGCGGGCAUUGCUUUGCUUGCUCCGGUCUCAUCCAACAUUUGUUGUCAUUUUAUUGUCUAGUUUGAAUACUCUAGUAUUAAUUUUAAUCAUCUUCACACACACGUGGAUUAGAGUUAAUACUAGAAUACCUAAACAAAGUCUAAUUAGUUUUCUUUUUCUUUUUUCCCAACUUUCUUUGUUAUUUCUUUUCUUACUUUCCACUCUGUGUAAUUAAUGUAAUGAGGUGUAAUUUAAUUAGCGAGAGAAGCAUGCAUUACUGCCUGAUUAGUUAA